AUGGUGAAACUUCUGGAUAUGCGACGUUAUGGCGAUUGUAGACUUUACACUGGUACCAUGAAGAGAGCGGAGCGUUUACGAGAGGUGGAAGAGGCUGAUGAUGUGGUUGCUGAGAAAUGCAAAAUUUUGGCUGGUUUAUUGAAGAAGUCAAAAUGCACUGUCGUAUAUACGGGAGCCGGAAUUAGCACGGCAGCAUCAAUACCAGAUUAUCGUGGUCCCAAUGGUGUUUGGACCUUAGCUGAAAAAGGGAUCGUAUCUUUGAAAUGUGCGAACCCAGUGGAAUCAGGGCCAACUGCAAGCCAUAUGAUAUUGAAAGAGAUGUGUCGGAGUGGAUUAGUGCGUCACAUAUUGUCACAGAAUUGCGAUGGCCUUCAUUUGCGUUCAGGCUUACCACAAAAAAUGCUUUCUGAAAUCCACGGAAAUAUGCAUAUUGAAGUAUGCCAACAUUGUGAGCCACCACGACAGUACAUCCGUCCUUUCGAUGUCACUGAAAAAAGUCAGUUCAGGCGUCAUGGUACUGGCCGCAUGUGUCUGGUGUGCAACAAUGAAUUAGCGGAUACAAUUGUGCAUUUUGGUGAAGCUGGUAAGGUCCCAUGGCCGUUAAACUGGAAUGGAAUCAUUUCUUUAAUUGAUCGAUGUGAUCUCAUUUUGUGUAUAGGAACAAGCUUAGCUGUCCUUAAAGAAUAUCAUUUUUUGUGGCCAAAACCAAGGUGUGGUACACAGAUAGCUAUUAUAAAUCUUCAGUGGACACCAAAGGAUAGGUUAUCCUGUUUAAAAAUUAAUGCGAAAUGCGACAUCGUCAUGGAAAAGCUGGCCGGCCUUCUCGGGAUUCCAAUUAAUCGUUAUUGCAGGAACUGUGAUCCGGUGCUUAAUCCAAAACGGAGUGUACGUGUUUGGGAGUUGAGAGAACGCUUAACGGAUUGCACUUGUAGAAACCGUAUGUCACGUGCAACUGUUGAACAGCAACCUUCAAAGGGUAUUCCUGGUUGGUGGGCAUUUGAAAUUCAAAAAGCAAUAAAGAGAUCUUCACAAGUAUCUCGUGGAAGCUCUGGAAAACGCCAUUGCUCAAGCAAUUUCCAUCGCAGUGGUUCCUCAGAUGUUGGUUGUAAUUCAGCUUCGGGAAGUUCAGGUAAUACAAAAAGCGUCGUAAAUAACACGCUCUUGUCGGCAAAAGAACAAAGCAGAGAAACAGUGAAUGGCAAUGAACUACUACCAAAUACCAGUAGGACAAGUCCAGAAAUUUCGACAAGCGAAAGUUUUAGUGAUUUAUCUGAAAACUCCCCUGAAACAUCAUCUACAGAUGGAAAUGUUGUGGAUCCAGCAGUUGCCGAAUGUUUAUAUGGUAUUUUGCUAUCGCUUAAGAAGGAACCCAACUCGUUAUCAGUAGCUUCAAAGGUGCAAAAAGCGGUACCUAACACCAUAUUCGUCUGCACAUAGAUUUCUAUCACCAAUUAUAUAUAAAGAUUUGCUUUUUUUUCAUGUGUUCUGUUGCUAUUUUCUUUAGUGGUAUUUUGAAUUUUCGGGAUAUGAUCAUUCUUGUUUCUGGUAUUUACAGAACAACAUAUGAUCUGGUUAUGUAUUAUUCUUUAUGUCGUCAUAUUUGAAAUGUUUCAGCUGAAAAGAGAGAUUAACGCAAAGUAUUUCGCUUCUCAAAUUCUUAUGUAAAUUUGUUUAAUCUGCUUGGUAUUAUUUUUAAUAAUUUGUUUCUGGAAGUUUCUAUAAAUAUUCUAUUUAUUUUUGUAAAAUUAAUAAUAUUGGUAGGCUUAUUGAAUAAUUGUUUCAGGAUGGCUGGAAAAAUUCGUGCGUUUUCUGUCAUUUAUACUUUUGAAGCUAUAGAAAAUCCUAUUAUCAUAAAGUAGAUUUAUGUAUACAAGUAACUAUUGCAUGUACAAAAUAUGCGUCUUGCGCAAAUAGAACGGAUAUAGCGGAGUCGAAUUUAUUAACAUGACUUAAAAACUUUCGAAGUCUUCGUUAAUGUUUACAAAAAAAAAUUUUUUUUAAUAUUUGUCAUCAUUGUUUACUUUCUUAUGCAAAUGGAUCCAAAUUUUCUUCUAAUCGUUUUUACUUCCUUUGCAUUUGUUUUGUAAUAACUAAUAUCCAGAAUUGCUUUUUGCAU